AUGAAGUUGUCCAAAUCUGUAUUGCUUUAUACACUUCUCGCAUUGUUACUCAGUGCUGCAAUUGUAUUCGCUGCUGCUGACACUGAAGCAGUGAAAGGAGGAAAACCUACUGUCAACAGCAAGAAAUCUCCAAAACCAACCGGAGUGAAAAUCACCGUUCCAAAACCAUUGAAGAAAUGGAGAGUGUUCAAGAGUAGUUCUCUCACCAAGAAUUUCAACAAGACUUCAAGAAAGAUCAAGAAGGCAGUCAAGAAGGCAUCUAAAAAGGCAAAGAAGGCCAUCAAGAAGGCUCAACGAAAAGCAACCAAGAAGGCCAAAAAGAUCUUGAAAAAGCUCACUUCUAAAUACUUGAAAUGGAAGAGACUCUCCAAGAGAUUCAUGACCAAGUAUAAGAAGGCAUAUAAGAAGGCUCGUCGUUUCACUCGUAAGGUUGGAGGAAUCAUUGCCAAGAAGUACAGAAGAACAGCAAGAGCAUUGAAGAGAAAGGCCAAGAAGUGUCAACGAAAGGCUAGAAAAUUGAAGAAACAAGUCAAGAAGGCAAAGAAGGCAGUGAAGAAGGCUGCCAAGAAGGCCAUCAAGAAGAUUCAAAAGAAGGCUGCUCGUCGAUUGGGUCUCAAGAAGAAGCAAGUGAAGAAACUCAACAAGGUUGUGAAAAAGUUGUUGGUAUUGAAGAAGAAAUUAGGCAAGCAAUGGUCUUUGAAAUCCAUUCCAGACAAGAUUAAACUUUUGGCUGGCAAGUUGAAGAUUGUGCGAGGAAAGUGCUCUAUCAAGAGAAAGAUUCAAAAGAAGAAGCAACAAAAGAAGGCCAGAAAGACUGCCAAGAAGGUCAAGAAGGUUGGAAAGAAGUGCACCAAGCAAGCUAAAAAGCAAGAAAAGAAGGCUAACAAGUCUGUCCGAAAGGCCAAGAACAUUAUCAAGAAGGCCAAGAAGUUGAUCAAGAAGGGCAAUAAGAAGAUUGUCAAGAAGGUCAUCAAGAAGGCAAUUAAGAAGGCCAAGAAGGCAAUCAAGAGAGCCAAGAAAGCUGUGAAGAGUGCAAAGAAGGCAGUGAAGAAGGUCAAGCAAAUUAAGAGAAAGGUUGAAAAGAAACUCGAUCGAGAGGUCAAGAAGGUCAGAAAGGCUAUUCGUCGCAACAAGAGAGUUCUCAUCAAAAAGUGCCAAAAGAAGAUUAAGAAAUUCAGAAAGUUUUUGAAGAAGUUGAACAAGAAGGUCAAGAAGGCUGUGAAGAGACUCAAGAAGAUUACCAAGAAGGCAAAGAAGACCAUUAAGAAGGCAAAGAAGGUUAAGAAGCAAGCUAAGAAGGUUCUCAGAAAGGUUUCCAAGAAGAAUAAGGGAAGCGUUAUUGUUAGACUCAUCAGAAGAUUGAACAAGCUUCAAAAAUGCAAGAAGAAUUAA